CAAUCCUUCCCGUGUGUCGAAAAUCGAUGAGUGAUUGGUUUGUCUUCAUUGUCAAGAUUCUUUGGCUCAAUUGACGCUAAAGCCAUAUUGUACCAAGAGACCAGGACAGGACAUUCAACUUACUUGACGCCUAUGAAAUUGGUUCCUUUCCUAUCUUUUUGCCCCAGGGUUCGUCAUGGCCUUGAAAAGGAGACGGGCGACGUCCCCCUCGAGCAGUGUGAGUGGAGGCGAUUUUGACGAUAGCCAGGCUUCAUCAUUAGUGUCGUCAAGUGGGAGAAAGAGGAGAAGGACCUCAAACUUUCCGACGGUGGAUCCUAUCGCCGUGUGCCACGAACUGUACAACACAGUCAGGGACUACAAGGACGACCAUGGAAGGAUGCUGUGUGAGCUGUUCAUUAGAGCCCCGAAACGAAGGAACCAGCCAGACUAUUACCACGUGGUGUCUCAGCCUAUCGACAUGAUGAAGAUCCAGCAGAAAUUAAAGAUGGAGGAAUAUGACGAUGUGGAGCAACUCACCAGUGACUUUCAGCUCCUGUUUAAUAACGCGAGAACAUAUUAUAAGUCUGACAGUCCUGAGUCUCGGGCAGCUUGCAGACUGUGGGACCUUUACCAACGUACCAAGAAUGAAUUUGUUCAGCCGGUGGAUGACGACGAGGAAGAUGAAGAUGGCUUUGAUGCACAAGACAACCCCGGUGGAUCUACUGAGGAUGAGAGCGCACCAACCUGCUUGAGAGAUGCCCUUGAGCAGCUCCUCGAUGCCAUGGUGACGUACGCCGAGCCCUCAGGCCGCCUGGUCAGCGAGCUCUUUCAGAGGAUGCCUUCUAAAGCGCACUAUCCAGACUAUUAUGCUAUCAUCAAGGAACCCAUAGAUCUGAAACUCAUCGCUCAAAAGAUUCAGAUGGCCCACUACAGGAGCAUCUCUGCCAUGGCUAAAGAUGUAGAUUUACUGGUAAAAAAUGCCAAAACCUAUAACGAGCCCGGGUCCCAGGUCUUUAAGGAUGCAAUCACCAUCAAAAAAGUUUUUGCACAAAAGAAGUCGGAGAUGGAACACGGUGAACCAAUCAAAUCCAGCAUUCGUAUCAGGAAUCGACGUUGUGCGCAGGGUGACCGCCUCUCAGCGAUCAGCAUGGCUCUUCAGUAUGAAAGUGACGAGGACGGAAUACUUUCCGGGUCCGUCCACUACGAUGAGGGGGAGUCCGAGGCCGAGAGUUUGAACUCCAACAUCGACAUGAGUAACCCCAUCUUCCAGCUGUACGAAGCUAUACGAGGUGCAAGGAACAACCAGGGCCUCCUGAUCUCGGAACCGUUCUUGGAGCUGCCCUCCAGGAAGGACCACCCUGACUACUACCAUCAGAUCUCUGAGCCCAUGUGCCUUCAUCAGAUCAAGAACAAGAUGAAGAACAACGAGUACGAGAGCGUCGAGCACGUGGACUCUGACAUAACGCUGGCGUUGGAGAAUGCCAAACGCUACAACGUUCCUCACUCGUCCGUCUACAAGCGUGCGCUGAAACUGCAGCACAUCCAGCAGAUGAAGCGAAAGGAGCUUCUACAGAGAGAUGACGAUGACAGGGACAGCAUGCUUUCCUCUGCCACUUCAGAUAGCAGUAGCACCAAGAGAAAAAGCCAUAAGAAGAAUACAAAGAAAAAUCGAAUGAAAGCCCUAAUACUUGCUGUGACCGAGGCGCGUGAGUCAGGCACUGGCAGGCGAUUGUGUGACCUGUUCAUGGUCAAGCCCUCCAAGAAGGACUACCCUGAUUACUACAAAGUCAUCCUGGAGCCCAUGGACUUGAGGACCAUCGAGCACAACGUCCGCAUGGACAAGUACCCGACUGAAGAUUCCAUGGUGGAGGACAUGAGGCUGAUGUUCCGCAAUGCUCGGCACUACAAUGAGGAGGGCUCGCGGGUCUUUAAUGAUGCCGACAUACUUGAGAAAAUAAUGAAAGAUAGACGCAGAGAUCUCGGACCAGCGACAAAUGACGAUGACAAUGUGUCUUCAAAAAUGAAAAUAAGAAAGGCAAACAUCACUGUGAAGAAGUCCAAAUAUCUCACCCCCUUACAACAGAAACUGAAUGAGCUGUAUGAAUCUGUCAAGAACUACACAGACAAGCGGGGCCGCCGCCUGAGCACCAUCUUCCUGCGGCUUCCAUCCCGUGCCGAGCUGCCGGAUUACUACAUCGCUAUCAAGAAACCCGUGGACAUGGAGAAGAUCAAGAGCCACAUGUUGGCCAAUAAGUACCAGGACGUAGACGCGCUGGUGGAAGACUUGGUGCUCAUGUUCAACAACGCCUGCACCUACAACGAACCUGAGUCUCUCAUUUAUCGUGAUGCUCUAGUCUUGCACCGGGUGCUCUUAGAGACCAGGCACGCCCUGGAGGGCGGAGAGGAUGCCUACGUGCCGGAUGUGCCUCGCCUCAUCCAGGAGCUUAUCCGCAGCCUCUUCGUCUCUGUGCUCGGCCACCAAGAUGACGAAGGAAGGUGUUACAGCGAUUCUCUUGCCGAGAUUCCUGCCGUAGACCCGGCAAACCCUGAGAAGCCCGCACUCAAUUUGGAAAUAAUCAGGAAGAACGUAGACGGAGGAAGCUACAGGAGGCUGGAUGUUUUCCAGGACCACAUGUUUGAAGUGUUGGAGAAAGCCAGACGUCCAAACAGGACAGACUCUGAGAUCUUUGAAGAUGCCGUCGAGCUGCAGCAGUUUUUUAUCAGGAUCCGAGACGAGCUCUGUAAGAACGGGGAGCUUUUGAUGUCGCCUGCCCUGAGCUAUACCGCCAAACAUCUGCAUAACGAUGUUGAAAAGGACAAGAAAGAAAAGCUCCCAAAAGAGGUGGAGGAGGACAAAAUCAAGAGGGAGGAGGAGAAAAUAGAAGCUGAGAGCAGGGAGGAACCUGUCGGAGGAUCGUGGCAAUCAAGCUCGCAGCGCACAUACCAUCAGGACUGCAGCUUUAAGGACAGCAUGUAUCGUGUCGGGGACUACGUCUACGUGGAGCCUGCUGAGCCCAACCUCCAGCCUCACAUUAUUUACAUCGAACGCCUGUGGCAAGACAACACUGGUGAAAAGUGGCUCUAUGGCGGCUGGUUCUACAGGCCGAAUGAGACGUUUCACGUCGCAACGCGAAAGUUCUUGGAGAAGGAAGUUUUUAAGAGCGACUAUUACAACAAAGCCCCCCUCAGCAAGAUUUUAGGCAAAUGUGUGGUCAUGUUUGUCAAGGACUACUUCAAACUUUACCCGGAAGGCUUGAAGGCAGAGGACGUAUACGUGUGCGAGUCUCGCUACUCUGCCAAGUCCAAAUCCUUCAAGAAAAUCAAGUUGUGGACCAUGCCCUUGAGCUCGGUUCGCUUUGUCCCGAGAGAAGUGCCUCUGCCUGUAGUUCGGGUGGCGUCCAUGUUCGCUAUAAAACAAGAAGAGAAACCAACAGAAAUUACAGACGUAAUCAAAGUGACCGAAUGUAGCGUCGUCGAUAAGGAGAGGGAAGAUGUUCCACUGGAGAUGCCCAACGGGGAAGCCGGAUGCAAGUACUUUGAGCAGCUCUGCUACAAUAACCUGUGGCUGAAAGUGGGAGACUUUGUCUACGUUGGCUCUCAUGGACAAAUGCGCCAUCGAGUGGGCAGGAUUGAGAAAAUGUGGAAGCGAGAUGGAGCUGGCUACUUUUUGGGGCCGAUCUUCAUCCACCCGGAGGAGACGGAGCAUGAGCCCACCAAAAUGUUUUACAAGAAGGAAGUCUUCCUAAGCAACCUUGAAGAGGCUUUUCCAAUGACCUGCAUCGUAGGGAAGUGUGUGGUGUCAUCCUUCAAAGAGUACUUGUCUUGUCGGCCGACUGAAGUGCCUGAAGAGAAUGUUCUGCUGUGUGAGAGUCGCUACAUCGAAAGUGAGAAGCAAAUGAAGCGAUAUAAAGGCCUCAAGCGCUUUUCGUCGUCCGCAAAGGUGGUGGAAGAUGAAAUCUACUAUUUUAGAAAGCUCAUCAUUCCUCAAAAGGAGCCAUCGCCUCUGCUGGACAGGAAAAUUGAAGAACUGGAGGCUAAGUUUGCUGACAUGACAGACGAGGAGCUGGAGGAGCUUGGCGAUGACGACGGCGAGCUGGACCUUUCUCUGCCUCGGAUGCAUUCCUCCAUGUGCAGCGACAUGGACCUAAUGACCUACACGCCACCUCAGGUCCGUCAUGUUGAACGUAAACGCGUUGGAGAAGAAGAGUUGACUGUGUCGCUCGUAGCAUUUUUGCCAUCCAAUCUCCUGUGUAUGCAGUCAACAGCCAAGUCUCUAAAGGGUCUUUCCAAGAAGGAGGGCUCCAAGCGGAAAAUCAACAUGAGCGGCUACAUCCUGUUCAGCAGCGAGAUGCGAGCCGUCAUUAAAGCCCGGCACCCGGACUUUUCCUUCGGCGAGCUGAGCCGCCUCGUCGGCACGGAGUGGAGGAACCUGGAGGGUUCUAAAAAAGCCGAGUACGAAGAGCGAGCAGCGAAGGUGGCUGAGCAGCAGGAGCGUGACAGGACUCACUACCAGACGUCCCCUAGAGCAGGUACCCCAGUAGGGGCGCUAAUCGGGGUGGUGCCUCCUCCAACCCCUAUGGGGAUGCUUAAUACCAGCAUGACGCCUGUGUCAGGCAUUAACGGUGUGGGGGGUGGAAGCAUGGUCAGCGUGGUAGGUCCUGGACAGCAGGCUUCCCCUCCAUACACGGGACAAGGCCAGAUAGGACAGCCGGCGCUCCAGCAGCCUUCCUCUCCGUUGUUUGUGUCCCCCCCAGCCAAGUCCCAGAGGCUCCUCCACUCUGAGGCGUACCUCAGCUACAUUGAGGGCCUCACCGCUGAGUCGUCUACGGUCAGCAAGUGGGAACAAACACUUUCAGCUAAAAAACAAGACGUGCGCUUGACGAAAGAGCAGGAAGGCAGGCUACCAUCCCACUGGCUGAAGAGCAAAGGAGCCCACAAGACGAUGGCCCACGCACUUUGGCGCCUGCGUGACUUGAUGCUACAGGACACGCUGAACAUCCAUUACGCACACAACCUGUAGCAUGCUCAUACAAAUCUGAGCCUCUGGUCCCGCACCUGUGAGACAAGUACGGGCUUAUGCUCACUAAAAGUGACUACUUUGUGUUCGUAUAAAAACUAUGUGUGUAUGUUUACAGGUGCGAUGUUUCAUUUAACAUUUCAGAUACGCUGUUCCAAGUGCAAUAUUGUAACAACUAUUACGUGUGUGAUCAAUGCCUUCUGUGUUACAUUUCUUUCAUGUUUACGUUCAAGUGUAUUAAAAAGAAUGUUGCCGGUAAAAAA